AUGGAGGCGAGCACGAAGAAGCUCGGUCCACUGCUCCUCACCCUUUUCCUCCUCAUCUCCACCGCCUUCGCCGCCACCGUCGACUGCGACUGCGACAAGCCCAAGCACCCCAAGCCCUCCCACCCAGCACCCAGCACCAGGCCCUCCUACCCCAAGCCCCCAACCAAGGGCCCCAAGCCGGCGCCCAAGGGCCCUACCCACCCGCGGCCGGCGCCCAAGGUCCCCGUCCACCCGCCGAUCGUCGGCCCUCCAAAGGGCCACGUCCCUCGCCCUCCCGUCUACGUCCCGCCAAAGGGCCCCGUCACUGCUCCUCCCGUCAUCGUCGGCCCACCCGUCGUCUACCCCAAGCCGCCAGUCACCGCCCCUCCGGUCACCCACCCCACACCGCCGGUCACCGCUCCUCCAGUCACCUACCCCGCGCCGCCGGUCACUGCUCCUCCAGUCACCUACCCCACGCCGCCCGUCAUCGCUCCUCCGGUCACCUACCCUAGCCCACCAGUCACCGCUCCACCGGUCACGUACCCGUCGCCGCCGGUGGACACGCCGUGCCCGCCGCCUCCCCCGGCGACCCCAGCAUCGCAGACGUGCCCGGUGGACUCCCUGAAGAUCGGGGCGUGCGUGGACCUGCUGGGCGGGCUGGUGCACGUGGGCCUCGGCGACCCGGUGGUGAACAAGUGCUGCCCGCUGCUGGAGGGGCUGGUGGAGCUGGAGGCGGCGGUGUGCCUCUGCACCACCAUCCGGCUCAAGCUCCUCAACAUCAACCUCGUCCUCCCGCUCGCGCUCCAGCUGCUGCUCACCUGCGGCAAGACGCCUCCCCCCGGCUACACCUGCUCCAUCUGA